ACGGUGGAGUUGGUUUAAGUUUCUAUGAAUUCUAAUAUCGAUUUGUACAGAGUUCAAAUGGACUAUUUAUUAUUAUUCCUUGCUCAACUGUUCACUUUCAGAAAUUCACCAUAUAAUACGCUUUUAAGAUUUUCAUCAUCCGCCUUAAGUUGGUUGCUAAUAAUGACAUUAGUAUCACUAGGAUCUUCUCUCACUUUUGGUGCUAUGGAUGAAAAAGACUAUGGCAGCGAUUUACAACAAAUAUAUAAAAUAUGGCAUGACAAAUGCAAUCUGAUAGUAGGAAUCAGCCAGGAAGAAAUAAACAAUUUGAGAAAUGGAAUACCUACUGAAAACGAAAGAGUUCAGCGUUACGUAUUAUGCCUCUUCCUUGUUUCAGAUGCGUUAUCACGUGACCUUGUUAUCAAUACGGAUAUAGUCAAUCAUUAUAUGCCAAAACGAAUGACCGAGCAGAGUAAAAAAAAUUACUUCGACUGUAUUGAGGAAACAAAAAAAUCUGGUAUAAGAGUACCACAUUUAAUCACUUGGAAUAUUAUUGAAUGUGCUUUCAAGAAAGAUCCUGAAAACUUCAUUAUAUUCUGAGAACCAAAAUGGACCAGUGCAAAUAUAGUGAGUGACGUAGAUAUCUGGAAAAACGACCAUGUUCAUAAACACAG